AGGUAAGUUUUUUACGUUGAAGAAAUACGUCGACAAAAUUUACCGUACCCAAGUAUUCGCACUUUGCAAAGUCGUAUACAAGGUUUAAAAUUCAAACCAGGUAUAUUCGAAGAUGUGUUCAAUAUGUUAAAAAUUAAAAUACAAUCCUUUAUUACUCAAGAAAGACAUGCUGUGCUGUUGAUUGACGAAAUGGCUAUAAAACCAGGUUUGCAGUACGAUAAUUCUAUAAUGUCAGUCGUUGGUCGACCUACCAUGAAAUUAGGAGGAGGAUUAGAUAGUUCUGAUAAAAUAGCAACACAUAGUCUUGUUUUCAUGUUGUGCGGUAUUUCCACAAAAUGGAAACAGACUGUUGCUUAUGAAUUCACAGGAAGGUCAUUCUGUUCAGAAGAAAUGUAUAAUAAAAUUAUAUCAAUUAUUAAAAAAACACAUAUUAUCGGAAUAAUAAUAAAAGUUAUAAUUUCUGACAUGGGACCACAAAAUAGGAGUUGGUGGAAUAGAAUGAACAUAACUGUUAGUAAAUCUUGUAAGCUUAUUACGAGGCAUGUCCAGAAAGUAAGUGUACUGAUUUUUUCACGGGCGUAGGGAAUUUUUGUUGACAAAAGCGGUUACGCUGCGUUGUAGUGGAAGCCCUCUCGAUUCGAAUGAGACGUGGAACAGCUUAGUACGACGAAAA